CUCCCAGGAGGACAGCCAGAGGGAGCUGCCCCAGCCUGGGCUCCUCACCUCGGCAGCCAGCAGCGGCGAGCUCUGCCUCGUGUCCGGUCGGCAGCUGCAGCCUGAGCCGCCAGAGGCAGAAACCGAGGAGGACCACUCUGUGACGGAAGGGCCCGAGGUCAUUCGGCCCCGGCCACAGGGCUCCUCGCCCGUCUACGAAUGUGUGACUGAGGGUGCCGGCUCCAGAUUCCAGGAAGACGCGCCGAGGAGGCCAGGCUCCUCAGGGAGACGGAGGUCCUGGUGGAAGCGGGACUCAGGGGACUCGCGGACGCUCCCCAGAAUGAGCCACCUGGAGGAGGCGACAGAGGUGACGCUAGAGACAGAGGUGGAGGCCGGAGCCAGUGGCUACAGUGUCACAGGUGGCGGGGACCAGGGCAUCUUUGUCACGCAGGUGCUGAAGGACUCAUCAGCCGCCAAGCUCUUCAGCCUGAGAGAAGGGGAUCAGCUUCUCAGCGCAACCAUAUUCUUCGACGGCAUUACCUAUGAAGACGCUCUCAAAAUCCUCCAGUACUCAGAGCCCUACAAGGUCCAGUUCAAAAUCAGACGGAAACUUCCUGCCAGAGAGGACAAGGAGGGGGCUUCCGGCAGCGCUCAGCAUGGUCUGAAGGGCAGUGAGGAGCAGGAGCAGGAUGUCACAGAUGGAGGCUCAGAGACCCCGACCAGGACGCUGGUGGGGGACGGAGACCAGGAGAGGCUCAUCUCCAGGCCCAGGGAGGGCAGGCGGCCUCAGAGGCAGAGGCUCUCCUGGCCCAAAUUCCAGGCUAUACAGAGCAGGCGGGCGCCCGGGCCCCGGAGAUCCCGCAGCUCCUCCGAGGCCGACGAGAGGAGGGCUGCACCUGAAGUGUCACCCGUGAGCACAGACACAGAGGCCCAGCACCCAGCGGAGGAGCGCGAGCAAAAGGCAGGGCCAGGCAGCCAGCAGGGCGGAAGGUUCCGAAACUUCACAUUCAGGGUGGGCUCGGGCAAGAGGCUCUCCCCGGCAGGGAGACCAGGCAGGGGGACACACGAGGGGACAGUCCAGGCAGGGGUUCUGGAGGAGGCAGAGCUGCUCCCAGAGCCCAGCCAGCACAGCCUACCUGGAGAGGGAACUCUGGGGCAGGAGGCUGCCUCGGCACCCCGACAGACUAAGACAGCCAAGGAGUUUGAAGAGACGGCUGGGCAGGCAAAAGAGGGGGUAGGCUUAGCCCCAGGAGAGGGCCGGGAGGGGCUGCAGGGCCUGGAGGGUGGGAUCGCCAGGCUGGCUCUGCGCGACACCGCAGACCUGGGAGCCCACCGGAGCCAGCCCCCAGAACUCCACGUCCAAACACCCACUCUCACGACACCCAAGUUCGGAAUUGCCAAAGAGAAAGCGCAGGAGACAGAAGAGGGAACAACAGCGCUUCAGACUGGACCCGGGCGGGCGAGAGGCCCUGAGGACACGGAAGCUACACGGGAAGAUGUGCGGAAAGCUGAUGCUCAGGAGACCCGCCGGCAGGUGGGCCAGCUCUCGCUGGAGGCCGGAGGAGGCAAAGAGGAAGACAGGCUACAACGGAGGCCGGGAGAGGGCCGGGGGGAGGCCAAGGAUGAGGAGGGGACGGAGGGAAAGGCGAAACUGCUGAAGUUCAAACUGCCAGCGUUCGGGUGGUCUCCAGGCAAAGACCACAAAUCAGGAGAGAAACCACAAGGAGAAGGAGGAAAGAAGAAAGAAACAGAGAGAGGAGAUGAGAGUCUAAAGAUGGACAUGAAAAGGGGAGACGGAGAAGACAAAGCGAAAACGGACAAGAGGGCAGACACACAAGGGAGGAAAACAACAAUAGAGAAACAAGAAGCUGAGGACAUAAAGCUUGAGCUGAGACUUGGGGACAAGGAGGUGGCCGCCAGGGACAGCAAGUUCAAAAUGCCCAAGUUCAAGAUGCCUUCCUUCGGCGUGUCGGCGCGCAAGUCCGUCGAGGCCGCGGUGGAGGUGUCCCUGCCCAAGGCAGAGGCGGACGCGUCCGCGCCGUCGGUGCAGGCCGCCGUCAAGGCCGGUGACCUCAGCGCUGAGCUGCCCUCGGCCGAGCUGGACGUCAAGGGCCCCGAGCUGGGCGGGAGGCUCCCGGAGGGCCAGCUGCCCGAAGCGGAGCUCAAGGAGCCGGCGGCCGGAAUCGGACUCAAGGGCCACCUGCCCAAGGUGCAGAUGCCCAGCAUCAAGGUGCCCAGGGUGGACCUCCGGGCCCCGCAGGUGGACAUCAAGGGGCCGAAGCUGGACCUGAAGGGCGCCAAGGGCGAGGUGAGCGCCCCCGACGCGGCGGUGUCCCCGCCCAGCGUGGAGGUGGAGGCCCAGGCCCAGGCCCAGGCGCCGGGCGGCAAGCUGGAGGCCGACGUGCCCCUGGGGGACAAGGAGGUGGCCGCCAGGGACAGCAAGUUCAAAAUGCCCAAGUUCAAGAUGCCUUCCUUCGGCGUGUCGGCGCCGGGCAAGUCCGUCGAGGCCGCGGUGGAGGUGUCCCUGCCCAAGGCGGAGGCGGACGCGUCCGCGCCGUCGGUGCAGGCCGCCGUCAAGGCCGGUGACCUCAGCGCUGAGCUGCCCUCGGCCGAGCUGGACGUCAAGGGCCCCGAGCUGGGCGGGAGGCUCCCGGAGGGCCAGCUGCCCGAAGCGGAGCUCAAGGAGCCGGCGGCCGGAAUCGGACUCAAGGGCCACCUGCCCAAGGUGCAGAUGCCCAGCAUCAAGGUGCCCAGGGUGGACCUCCGGGCCCCGCAGGUGGACAUCAAGGGGCCGAAGCUGGACCUGAAGGGCGCCAAGGGCGAGGUGAGCGCCCCCGACGCGGCGGUGUCCCCGCCCAGCGUGGAGGUGGAGGCCCAGGCCCAGGCCCAGGCGCCGGGCGGCAAGCUGGAGGCCGACGUGUCCCUGGGGGACAAGGAGGUGGCCGCCAGGGACAGCAAGUUCAAAAUGCCCAAGUUCAAGAUGCCUUCCUUCGGCGUGUCGGCGCCGGGCAAGUCCGUCGAGGCCGCGGUGGAGGUGUCCCUGCCCAAGGCGGAGGCGGACGCGUCCGCGCCGUCGGUGCAGGCCGCCGUCAAGGCCGGUGACCUCAGCGCUGAGCUGCCCUCGGCCGAGCUGGACGUCAAGGGCCCCGAGCUGGGCGGGAGGCUCCCGGAGGGCCAGCUGCCCGAAGCGGAGCUCAAGGAGCCGGCGGCCGGAAUCGGACUCAAGGGCCACCUGCCCAAGGUGCAGAUGCCCAGCAUCAAGGUGCCCAGGGUGGACCUCCGGGCCCCGCAGGUGGACAUCAAGGGGCCGAAGCUGGACCUGAAGGGCGCCAAGGGCGAGGUGAGCGCCCCCGACGCGGCGGUGUCCCCGCCCAGCGUGGAGGUGGAGGCCCAGGCCCAGGCGCCGGGCGGCAAGCUGGAGGCCGACGUGUCCCUGGGGGACAAGGAGGUGGCCGCCAGGGACAGCAAGUUCAAAAUGCCCAAGUUCAAGAUGCCUUCCUUCGGCGUGUCGGCGCCGGGCAAGUCCGUCGAGGCCGCGGUGGAGGUGUCCCUGCCCAAGGCAGAGGCGGACGCGUCCGCGCCGUCGGUGCAGGCCGCCGUCAAGGCCGGUGACCUCAGCGCUGAGCUGCCCUCGGCCGAGCUGGACGUCAAGGGCCCCGAGCUGGGCGGGAGGCUCCCGGAGGGCCAGCUGCCCGAAGCGGAGCUCAAGGAGCCGGCGGCCGGAAUCGGACUCAAGGGCCACCUGCCCAAGGUGCAGAUGCCCAGCAUCAAGGUGCCCAGGGUGGACCUCCGGGCCCCGCAGGUGGACAUCAAGGGGCCGAAGCUGGACCUGAAGGGCGCCAAGGGCGAGGUGAGCGCCCCCGACGCGGCGGUGUCCCCGCCCAGCGUGGAGGUGGAGGCCCAGGCCCAGGCCCAGGCGCCGGGCGGCAAGCUGGAGGCCGACGUGCCCCUGGGGGACAAGGAGGUGGCCGCCAGGGACAGCAAGUUCAAAAUGCCCAAGUUCAAGAUGCCUUCCUUCGGCGUGUCGGCGCCGGGCAAGUCCGUCGAGGCCGCGGUGGAGGUGUCCCUGCCCAAGGCAGAGGCGGACGCGUCCGCGCCGUCGGUGCAGGCCGCCGUCAAGGCCGGUGACCUCAGCGCUGAGCUGCCCUCGGCCGAGCUGGACGUCAAGGGCCCCGAGCUGGGCGGGAGGCUCCCGGAGGGCCAGCUGCCCGAAGCGGAGCUCAAGGAGCCGGCGGCCGGAAUCGGACUCAAGGGCCACCUGCCCAAGGUGCAGAUGCCCAGCAUCAAGGUGCCCAGGGUGGACCUCCGGGCCCCGCAGGUGGACAUCAAGGGGCCGAAGCUGGACCUGAAGGGCGCCAAGGGCGAGGUGAGCGCCCCCGACGCGGCGGUGUCCCCGCCCAGCGUGGAGGUGGAGGCCCAGGCCCAGGCCCAGGCGCCGGGCGGCAAGCUGGAGGCCGACGUGUCCCUGGGGGACAAGGAGGUGGCCGCCAGGGACAGCAAGUUCAAAAUGCCCAAGUUCAAGAUGCCUUCCUUCGGCGUGUCGGCGCCGGGCAAGUCCGUCGAGGCCGCGGUGGAGGUGUCCCUGCCCAAGGCGGAGGCGGACGCGUCCGCGCCGUCGGUGCAGGCCGCCGUCAAGGCCGGUGACCUCAGCGCUGAGCUGCCCUCGGCCGAGCUGGACGUCAAGGGCCCCGAGCUGGGCGGGAGGCUCCCGGAGGGCCAGCUGCCCGAAGCGGAGCUCAAGGAGCCGGCGGCCGGAAUCGGACUCAAGGGCCACCUGCCCAAGGUGCAGAUGCCCAGCAUCAAGGUGCCCAGGGUGGACCUCCGGGCCCCGCAGGUGGACAUCAAGGGGCCGAAGCUGGACCUGAAGGGCGCCAAGGGCGAGGUGAGCGCCCCCGACGCGGCGGUGUCCCCGCCCAGCGUGGAGGUGGAGGCCCAGGCCCAGGCCCAGGCGCCGGGCGGCAAGCUGGAGGCCGACGUGUCCCUGGGGGACAAGGAGGUGGCCGCCAGGGACAGCAAGUUCAAAAUGCCCAAGUUCAAGAUGCCUUCCUUCGGCGUGUCGGCGCCGGGCAAGUCCGUCGAGGCCGCGGUGGAGGUGUCCCUGCCCAAGGCGGAGGCGGACGCGUCCGCGCCGUCGGUGCAGGCCGCCGUCAAGGCCGGUGACCUCAGCGCUGAGCUGCCCUCGGCCGAGCUGGACGUCAAGGGCCCCGAGCUGGGCGGGAGGCUCCCGGAGGGCCAGCUGCCCGAAGCGGAGCUCAAGGAGCCGGCGGCCGGAAUCGGACUCAAGGGCCACCUGCCCAAGGUGCAGAUGCCCAGCAUCAAGGUGCCCAGGGUGGACCUCCGGGCCCCGCAGGUGGACAAAGGGCCGAAGCUGGACCUGAAGGGCGCCAAGGGCGAGGUGAGCGCCCCCGACGCGGCGGUGUCCCCGCCCAGCGUGGAGGUGGAGGCCCAGGCCCAGGCCCAGGCGCCGGGCGGCAAGCUGGAGGCCGACGUGUCCCUGGGGGACAAGGAGGUGGCCGCCAGGGACAGCAAGUUCAAAAUGCCCAAGUUCAAGAUGCCUUCCUUCGGCGUGUCGGCGCCGGGCAAGUCCGUCGAGGCCGCGGUGGAGGUGUCCCUGCCCAAGGCGGAGGCGGACGCGUCCGCGCCGUCGGUGCAGGCCGCCGUCAAGGCCGGUGACCUCAGCGCUGAGCUGCCCUCGGCCGAGCUGGACGUCAAGGGCCCCGAGCUGGGCGGGAGGCUCCCGGAGGGCCAGCUGCCCGAAGCGGAGCUCAAGGAGCCGGCGGCCGGAAUCGGACUCAAGGGCCACCUGCCCAAGGUGCAGAUGCCCAGCAUCAAGGUGCCCAGGGUGGACCUCCGGGCCCCGCAGGUGGACAUCAAGGGGCCGAAGCUGGACCUGAAGGGCGCCAAGGGCGAGGUGAGCGCCCCCGACGCGGCGGUGUCCCCGCCCAGCGUGGAGGUGGAGGCCCAGGCCCAGGCCCAGGCGCCGGGCGGCAAGCUGGAGGCCGACGUGUCCCUGGGGGACAAGGAGGUGGCCGCCAGGGACAGCAAGUUCAAAAUGCCCAAGUUCAAGAUGCCUUCCUUCGGCGUGUCGGCGCCGGGCAAGUCCGUCGAGGCCGCGGUGGAGGUGUCCCUGCCCAAGGCAGAGGCGGACGCGUCCGCGCCGUCGGUGCAGGCCGCCGUCAAGGCCGGUGACCUCAGCGCUGAGCUGCCCUCGGCCGAGCUGGACGUCAAGGGCCCCGAGCUGGGCGGGAGGCUCCCGGAGGGCCAGCUGCCCGAAGCGGAGCUCAAGGAGCCGGCGGCCGGAAUCGGACUCAAGGGCCACCUGCCCAAGGUGCAGAUGCCCAGCAUCAAGGUGCCCAGGGUGGACCUCCGGGCCCCGCAGGUGGACAUCAAGGGGCCGAAGCUGGACCUGAAGGGCGCCAAGGGCGAGGUGAGCGCCCCCGACGCGGCGGUGUCCCCGCCCAGCGUGGAGGUGGAGGCCCAGGCCCAGGCCCAGGCGCCGGGCGGCAAGCUGGAGGCCGACGUGUCCCUGGGGGACAAGGAGGUGGCCGCCAGGGACAGCAAGUUCAAAAUGCCCAAGUUCAAGAUGCCUUCCUUCGGCGUGUCGGCGCCGGGCAAGUCCGUCGAGGCCGCGGUGGAGGUGUCCCUGCCCAAGGCGGAGGCGGACGCGUCCGCGCCGUCGGUGCAGGCCGCCGUCAAGGCCGGUGACCUCAGCGCUGAGCUGCCCUCGGCCGAGCUGGACGUCAAGGGCCCCGAGCUGGGCGGGAGGCUCCCGGAGGGCCAGCUGCCCGAAGCGGAGCUCAAGGAGCCGGCGGCCGGAAUCGGACUCAAGGGCCACCUGCCCAAGGUGCAGAUGCCCAGCAUCAAGGUGCCCAGGGUGGACCUCCGGGCCCCGCAGGUGGACAUCAAGGGGCCGAAGCUGGACCUGAAGGGCGCCAAGGGCGAGGUGAGCGCCCCCGACGCGGCGGUGUCCCCGCCCAGCGUGGAGGUGGAGGCCCAGGCCCAGGCCCAGGCGCCGGGCGGCAAGCUGGAGGCCGACGUGUCCCUGGGGGACAAGGAGGUGGCCGCCAGGGACAGCAAGUUCAAAAUGCCCAAGUUCAAGAUGCCUUCCUUCGGCGUGUCGGCGCCGGGCAAGUCCGUCGAGGCCGCGGUGGAGGUGUCCCUGCCCAAGGCAGAGGCGGACGCGUCCGCGCCGUCGGUGCAGGCCGCCGUCAAGGCCGGUGACCUCAGCGCUGAGCUGCCCUCGGCCGAGCUGGACGUCAAGGGCCCCGAGCUGGGCGGGAGGCUCCCGGAGGGCCAGCUGCCCGAAGCGGAGCUCAAGGAGCCGGCGGCCGGAAUCGGACUCAAGGGCCACCUGCCCAAGGUGCAGAUGCCCAGCAUCAAGGUGCCCAGGGUGGACCUCCGGGCCCCGCAGGUGGACAUCAAGGGGCCGAAGCUGGACCUGAAGGGCGCCAAGGGCGAGGUGAGCGCCCCCGACGCGGCGGUGUCCCUGCCCAGCGUGGAGGUGGAGGCCCAGGCCCAGGCGCCGGGCGGCAAGCUGGAGGCCGACGUGCCCCUGGGGGACAAGGAGGUGGCCGCCAGGGACAGCAAGUUCAAAAUGCCCAAGUUCAAGAUGCCUUCCUUCGGCGUGUCGGCGCCGGGCAAGUCCGUCGAGGCCGCGGUGGAGGUGUCCCUGCCCAAGGCGGAGGCGGACGCGUCCGCGCCGUCGGUGCAGGCCGCCGUCAAGGCCGGUGACCUCAGCGCUGAGCUGCCCUCGGCCGAGCUGGACGGCCAGCUGCCCGAAGCGGAGCUCAAGGAGCCGGCGGCCGGAAUCGGACUCAAGGGCCACCUGCCCAAGGUGCAGAUGCCCAGCAUCAAGGUGCCCAGGGUGGACCUCCGGGCCCCGCAGGUGGACAUCAAGGGGCCGAAGCUGGACCUGAAGGGCGCCAAGGGCGAGGUGAGCGCCCCCGACGCGGCGGUGUCCCCGCCCAGCGUGGAGGUGGAGGCCCAGGCCCAGGCCCAGGCGCCGGGCGGCAAGCUGGAGGCCGACGUGUCCCUGGGGGACAAGGAGGUGGCCGCCAGGGACAGCAAGUUCAAAAUGCCCAAGUUCAAGAUGCCUUCCUUCGGCGUGUCGGCGCCGGGCAAGUCCGUCGAGGCCGCGGUGGAGGUGUCCCUGCCCAAGGCGGAGGCGGACGCGUCCGCGCCGUCGGUGCAGGCCGCCGUCAAGGCCGGUGACCUCAGCGCUGAGCUGCCCUCGGCCGAGCUGGACGUCAAGGGCCCCGAGCUGGGCGGGAGGCUCCCGGAGGGCCAGCUGCCCGAAGCGGAGCUCAAGGAGCCGGCGGCCGGAAUCGGACUCAAGGGCCACCUGCCCAAGGUGCAGAUGCCCAGCAUCAAGGUGCCCAGGGUGGACCUCCGGGCCCCGCAGGUGGACAUCAAGGGGCCGAAGCUGGACCUGAAGGGCGCCAAGGGCGAGGUGAGCGCCCCCGACGCGGCGGUGUCCCCGCCCAGCGUGGAGGUGGAGGCCCAGGCCCAGGCGCCGGGCGGCAAGCUGGAGGCCGACGUGUCCCUGGGGGACAAGGAGGUGGCCGCCAGGGACAGCAAGUUUGAUAUUCCUAAUUUUAACGUGUCAUUCUUUGCAUCUUCUUCCACGAAGAGUUCCGUUUCGUCUUUUCCUUUUACUCCCGAUGGACAGCAGCGAGAGUCUGUUUCCUCUUCCAGCCAGUCGGAUUCUCUCGCCAGUAGCUGUGAUGUUCAUAUUUCUAAAGACCCCGAGGCUGAUGGUCCCCCUCUUGGACCAGACAGUGACCUAAUCUCCUUGAAGAAGUCACCUUUUAAGAUUCACCAAGUCUUUCCCUCCCCUGGGUCUUCCUCUGCAGAGUCUUCAGUGCCUGAUGGCUCCGCCGCGGGUCCUGUGCUCCCAAGAGGUGGUGCCCCGUUCUCUGGACUCAGUGCCGAGGGCUCCUUCAAGGGGGCUGUUCCCACGAGGGAGUCCCCCCUGAAGGUGCCGUGGCUGGGCUGGCCUGGGUUUUCGUCUGGCAGGCUUGACCUCAGGGGCACCCAUGCGGCAGCCCCCUCCUCUCCUGGCGUCACUCUUACAAAAUACCGGGAGACCCUCCCCAGUGUGGCCGGCCUCCCGGGGCUCCCUGUGGAAUCCAGCUCUGGGUCCCAAGAUGCUCACCUUCCUGCGGCAGGAGGUCCUGCCAGCCUCCCUCCCCGCGAGAGCGGUGCUCCUUCUCCUGCCCAAGGUCCCGCUGGCCCAGUGGAUCCCCUGUCUCCUGCAUCUUAUGGUCGGGUGACUUUUCCUAUGUUCCACCGUCCGAAGUUUGCCUUUUCCAUCCCCAAGGCAGCCGAGGCUGAGCUGGACCCCUGCACCGUGGAGCGCGACCUCGCCCAGUCUGCUCCGGGCCCUGGGUGGGGUCUUGGCUCUGCAGCUGAGGAAGCCCCCGGGCUCCUGUCGCCCGGCUCUCAGCCCUCACGCCCAAGCAUCUCCGUGCCGGGCAGUGGGGGGGCAUCCGAAGGAGCGUCAGGCGAGGCGCCAGCUGAAGACACAGGGCGGGAAGGGAGAGGCGGCCCUUUGAAAACGCAGGGGAUCCAGCUUCCCUCAUUCAGGCGGUCCCCUGAGAAGGGGGCAGGGCCGGCUGCCGUACCUGCUGUGACUGCGGGUGUGGGUCCAACGGGCGCGCUGCCCGGGGUGUGUGUUUCCCCAGUGGAGGUGCUUCCUGAGGAGGAGAGGGAGGAGGGGGGCGCCCCGUCUGGCUGCGCAGGGCUGCACCCCACCCCUCCCUCACUGCAGGCUUCAGAGGGGGCUGCCGGCCUGCUGCGGGGAGACCCAGCCGUUUCUCUUUCUCCUGCCCCCAGGGGUGAGGCUGGUGUGGGGGGCCCCCGCACAAUGGCGGCCCCUCCAGAAGGAGCAGGCGUGGACCCCCACCUGCCGCAGGUCCAGGCUCCCCGUCUGGGCUCUGCCGAUCUCGCCCUCAGACUCGGCAAGGCCAAGGCAGAGGUGAGUUUGUCCGCAGGCGGCCCGCCUCAAGAACGCCGCCUGUCCGCGGGAGAUGACAGCCAAGGCCACGGGCCUGGGGACGUUGCCGCGAGCCGCCUCCAGACGUCCUGCAGGUCAGCACAUGCGGAAGCCCCCGUGGUGGAGAGUCCGGAGGGGGCCGCAACAGCAGGCUCACAGGGGGGCUGGUUUAGAAUGCCUGCCCUCCGCCUGCCCAGUGUCCGGCGCUCCGCCAAGGAGAAGGGGGGUGCCGGGGCGUCUGCUGCCAGCACAGCCAGGGGAGGAGAAGUCCCAGCCGCAGUGAAGGGUCAGGGGGUCCAAGUUCCUGGGUCAGACGUGGAGGCAGCUGUGUCCCUGAGGCCCCCGGAGACGGGUGCAGACGAGGCAGCUGCCGAGAGCACGUUGUAUGCAGACGUUCUAAGGAGGAACCUUGAUGGUCAAGGCUUGGAGCUGCACCUGCCUCCUGCCGGGGUGUCCCCUGCUGACCUUUCCACUGCUCAGGUCAGCGUCCGACCAGGCGAUGGCUCCCUCCCUCUUCAGAUGCCUGCCGGGAGACUUUCAGAAGCCCGAGCUCCUCCAGGAGAAAUGGAUGCGACUCCCCCUGCUGGGCCAGCAGGACUGGACCUUGCUGGGGGGGCAGAGAGAGCAGAGGAGUGGCCCUCCCUGCCCGAAGGUCCCGUUAGACUGAAGGCAUCCAGGACAGACCGGCCGUCCCAGGUUUCCGUGGUUGACAUGGGGCAGCCCUGGGAGGGCUCCGUGCUGACGGUCAAACUGCCCAGGUUAAGUGUGCCGAGGUUUGCCUUCCCGGAUGCCAGCUCUGAGGCCGACGUCUUUAUCCCCGCCGUGACCGAAGUGAGCAGCCUGGACGACGCCCUGGGCACCGAAAGCGCAGGAGUCUGGGGUGCCAGCAUCCUGAAGGCGGGCGCUGGGGCUGCUGGGGGGCAGCCUAUGGCCCUUGACCUCUCCCCGGAAGCUUCCCGCAUUUCCAAGGUCAGAGUGCACAUUCAGGGUGCUCAGGGAGAGGGCCCAGAGGUCGCCGUACACCGCAGGGUGACAGCAGAGUUGGUGGACCUCUCGGGACCUGCGGCCAUUUCCACCCAGGUCGUGCGGGAGUCAGAGAUCCCUGCGUCCGAGGUCCAAAGGGCUUCUUACGGCUUUUCCCUGCUGAAGGGGAGGGUCCCAGAGCCCCCCACGCAGGUGAGGGGGCAGGACUCUCGGCCGCCGGAGGGCUCACCAGAGGCUCCCAAGCGAGCGGCCCCGGGGGCAGACCGCCUUUCUGGAGACCCGCAGCCGGACACCGGAGAGGCCUUUGAAGUGGUCUUGCCUGGCGCCAGCAUGUCGGGCCGGCCAGCAAUCACACCCGACGUGCACACGGAGCCCCAGGGUGCAGACAGCGGCUCGGACGAGGAGCCUGCCGAAAUUCUUGAAUUUCCCCCGGAAGAAGACAGUGAGGAGGCAGCCGCCCGCCUGGCAGAGGAAGGCAGGGCUGCGCAAGAGAAGCCAGAAGGAAAAAGAUCUUCUGGCCUGUUCAGGUUUUGGCUUCCGAACAUCGGCUUUUCUUCCUCUGUCGAGGAGACACGUGCUGAUCCCAACGUGGACAGGCCGGCCCCCGUCCAGACACAGCCUGGGCCCCGGCCCGAGGCGGAACCACCCAAGAAACAGGAGAAGGGAGGCUGGUUUCGAUUUCCCAAACUAGGGUUCUCCUCCACGCCGACCAAGAAAAGCAAAAGCUCCGAGGACGCAGUGGCUCCAGCAGAGCAGAAGUCCCAGGAGGAAGCCGUCACCUUUUUCGAUGCCCGGGAGAGCUUCUCCCCGGAGGACAAGGAGGAAGGAGAGGUGGCAGAGGCCGUGGGCACUGGGCAGGGCACCAGAGCCAUGGUCACAUCUGCGGCAAGAACGGAGUUGAUCCUGCUGGAGCAGGACCCAGACGCCAGGGACGAACCUGCGCCCGGACCGGCCUCCCAGGGAGGGCAGACGUAGAGCCAAGGCUGGCCGGCGGGCCGGGCUGAGGCGGUGAGCGGCCCCCCCCCCCUUCCCGGCACCAAGAAUAAGCAGAAACUCCUGAGGAGCACGGGGCCGCCGUCACACAGCCCUCCAAAACGUGGACAGGACACGUGGCUUCUCACCCCCCCAUGCAGGGUCGCGUGCUCCAGACCCCUGCCAGGCCCUUGAGAGGCGACCGUGAUGGCCAUGGGCGUGGAAGCAGUUUGGGGAUGAUUCCCACCCUGCACCUCCCCGUGGAGGUCCCUCCCUGGGUCAGGCAGGGCCCAGCACCAUCCGCCCCCCCCCCCCCGGACCUGCUCACUCACGGGCGCCCCCCUGUGGAAUGUCCUGCCGGGGCACUUUAGGGGCGCUCUGUGCCCGAUGGUUCUGACUCCGCGCAAGACGCCUUCUGUGCCCCCCUGCCUGCUCGUGCCCGCUCGCGCUCUCUCUAGCACACACAGCCCCACGCGUGUCCCUCAGUGUACACGCUGCUGCGAGACGGCAGGGGGCUCCCCUUGGCUGUGCCCCGGACAGGCAAUAAAGGACGUGCUGCUCCCCCA